CUUCGCAGUGGGUCUAGACAAAGUGCAAAUUAUAAUCGCAAACCAGUCGCAAAGUGGUCGAAAAGCCCCUUUUUUGUAUGGAGUUUUGACGGAUUCGAUUUUCGAUUCGAUCAAAAAGUGCGUUUUGUCUAGGGGGGCAGUUCGCACUCGUUCGUCCACAUAGAGUAAUAACUCUAUGUUCGUCCACAUUGAUAUCUCUCCUCAGUCCUCAGUCCCCGGCUCGCCGCAGGCCAAGUGGUGUCAGAUAACGCAUUGUUUAACUGUUCGUCAACCCAACAAUUUACGAUGGCGUAUGCACAGGCGAAUAAAAAGACAGCGACGGUCGCAGUGGAGUUGCCAGAAUGUCCCGUGUGCCUGGACACCAUGUCUGCGCCGAUAUACCAGUGCCAAUCUGGGCACAGCCUGUGCAACACUUGCACCAACAACCUGUGCCCGCCGACCUGCCCCAUCUGCCGGCAGCCGAUGACCCAGAUGAGGAACUGGCAGCUAGAGGAAAUUGUUGCUAAGGCCAAGGUGCCAUGUCCUAACAAGUCUGAAGGAUGCGUUUACACGUUGAUGGCCCAAGACAUGGAGGACCAUCUAAAGGAAUGCAUAUUUCGAGUCAUGGACUGUCCACUUGGUGCAGUUUUUGGGCGGUGCUCAUGGAAUGGUAAACUGAAGGAGAUGAUGGAUCAUUUUAAGGAACGCCACGCAACACACUGCAACGUCACCAGCGAUGCUGAAAUAGAACUGGAUAAUAUAGAUGCCAAUGAAGACGAGCGUUUUGUCUAUUUGUUUGCACAAGGCAAAAUGCUCUUUAUAAUCACAAUGAAGAUUGAUACUCUUCAAAAAAUGGCUUACUGGACAGUUCAGCAUAUUGGAGGAAAAAAUACCGCCAGGCAACAUAUUUAUGAAAUUCAUGUAACGAGCAAAAAAGACAAUAGGCGAAAGGUCGUUUUUAUUGAACAUUGUUUUAAUGAUGCUAUAAAAGCAGAUGAGAUAUUCAGACAAGCCAAAUGUGCUGUCUUGCCGCUAGAUGCCUUUAGACACUUCAUUAACAACAAAAAAGCAUCCUUCAGGUUCUUUGUGAAACGAAUUCCCCCGGUCAAUAAGAAUGCAAAUAACGACAAAACAGAAAACAAAGAUUCUGCUAAGAAGCCGGGUCCGAAAAAUCCGGGACCUUCUGCACCAAACCCUAAAGGCCCCGGCCAUAAGGGGCCAGGACCUAAUAAAGGACCUGGACCUAAUAAGGGACCUGGACCUAAUAAAGGACCAAAACCCAAUAAAACUCAGGCCUAACUUUAAAUAGUUGUACUGAGUUCAAUAUUUUAGAAUUAGUUACGUAUAUUCAUGUAACUACUUCACAUGAUUGAAAUAUUAAUUGAAUUACUUAUCUAACUGCGGUCUUUAUGAACAAGGAUCACAAUACAUCUUGUUUUGACUGGUGUCAUUCAAAUGUUUAAUCUGAGAUUAGACCUAAGAAGCGAUGGUUCUGACUUGGCGGUGUUUAGGUACAUUUACCCUAGUGAUGUCCAUGUCGUCGUCGGUCAGCUAUUAGUAAAUAAUUCGCACAGUAUGAGACUGUUUGAAAGUUUAAGUUAAAAUAAGCGGCAUAAUAUUCCUGAUUAUGUACAAUACAAUACACAGGUUAUUGAAUUUCCCUCAAAGUUUAUAUGCAUUUGGAAAUUCGUCAUUUUUGUUGGUCAUUCCGUUAUAGAUGACUGACAACGGAUUUAAUGUCGAGGCCAACGUUUUACUCGAGGUACGAAUCCGGAAAAUCAACCCUAUCGUGCUAAAGGCAAUGCGCUACGAUCGCGCCCUAAGCACGGAUCUUGAAAUCCUGAAGUGCAUGUACAAAAAAUGAAUGUUAUAGCCAUUAUUAUAAACUUAAACCAAACAGAUUAUACUUUUGCAUAAUUAUGUAAGUACAUGGUCUAAACGGUGAUUAUGUUAGCAGUAGGUACUUUUUCAUUUCCGGGGAUUCCCGUAAAUCUAUUCGAUUGGCCUAAUUUCUUCCGUCAAUAGUAUUUCAUUUUAUAGUUUGAUUCGUAAUAUUACUACUUAGAAAAUAAUUAUGAUUAUAAUAAUUGUUUCUUUCUUGAAUACCGUGUCAAAUCAAUAAACUUUGCUUACUCUUCUUAUUUUGCUUAUAUAGGUUAGGGGGUAGUAAUAAAUCGGCUUACGUAAGACUUGAACGGCCUUGUGUAGUUGUUUAAUUUUUUUAUAUUUUUAACUUACUCUUUCAUUAUGUAGUUCAUAAAGUUCUUAUAGCUUAGCUAAGAUACCUUUAAAAACAUAUUGUAAUUUUAAAUAGUAUGUACCUACUUAAAAAAAUGAUUAUUACAAAAA